AUGGCGGAUGACAUCGCCGCCGUGCGCGCCGUGCUAUCGGAGCAUGUCACCGAGCGCAACGAAGAGGUGAUUCUCGUCCUGCACUCGGCGGGCGGGUUCAUAGGCAGCGCAGCCAUGGAAGGCGGGCUCAGCCGGCCCGCGCGCGAACAGGUCGAUCUGGCUGGCGGCGUGACAAAGACCAUUUUCAUUAGCGGGGCGGUGUUCCCCGAGGGUCAUAAGCAUCAUCUGCUGCCGUUUGCAAUUUCUAAGCACGGCGCCGCACACCCAAUUAACCCGGAGUUCCUGCUCUUCGACGACGUGCCCGAAGCCGAGAAGGCGCAGUGGCGGGCCAAGUUGCAGUCGCAGCCGACUGACGGGUGGGAUGGCGCGGUGUCGUAUGCCGGCUGGAAGGAGGUCCCCAGCGUGUAUCUGGUGUGUGAGGGCGAUCGCGCGCUGCCGGUGCCGUUACAGGAGCAGUUGGCGGCGUUGGCGGGCAGUCGUGUUGAGCGCUGCUCAGCGGGCCACAUGCCCCAUGUUAGCCAGCCUCAGCGGGUGGCCGGGGUGUCUGGCGGAGAUUUAGGAAAUUCUCUCGAUUCUUUACGGGGGUAA